AUGGUUAAUGUAUUCAACGUUCAAAUCUUUUUCAUUGUCUUUAGAGAAUGUUUGGAAGCCGUUGUCGUUGUUUCUGUGCUAUUAGCAUUUUUGAAACAAGGAAUUGGUAAAACAACAAGUGACCCCAAGGUUUAUAAAAAGCUACGAAAACAAGUUUGGGUAGGGGCGAUACUAGGGGUGGCUAUAUGUCUUGUUAUCGGUGUUAUAUUCAUUGCUUUGUUUUAUACUUUAAAGAGCGAUAUUUGGGCCAAAUCUGAAGAUUUAUGGGAAGGUAUAUUUUGUAUUAUUGCCACGGUAUUGAUUUCGAUGAUGGGUAUUGCCAUGUUGAGAAUUAACAAGAUGAAGGAGAAAUGGAGAAUCAAAUUAGCUCAAGCCUUAACGAAAAAGCCAGACAACAAGAAGGAUCGAUUCAAAAUUGGAUACUUGACUAAGAAAUACUGUAUGUUUAUUUUACCAUUGAUUACUUGUUUAAGAGAAGGUUUGGAAGCAAUUGUUUUUGUUGGUGGUGUUGGGUUAAACUCGCCAGCUACUUCUUUCCCGAUUCCCGUUAUCUGUGGAUUAAUUGCCGGAAUUGCCGUUGGAACUAUAUUGUACUUUUCAGGUUCGUCAGUUUCAUUACAAGUUUUUCUUAUUAUUUCAACAGGAAUAUUGUAUCUUAUUUCAGCAGGGUUGUUUUCCAGAGGGAUAUGGUAUUUUGAGUCACACACAUUUAAUAUGCAAACAGGUGGUGACGCUUCAGAGAAUGGUAGUGGACCUGGUACUUACGAUAUAGCCAAAUCCAUUUGGCAUGUCAAUUGUUGUAAUCCUGAAACUGAUAAUGGUUGGGAUGUUUUUAAUGCUUUAUUGGGAUGGCAGAAUUCGGCAACUUAUGGAUCUGUUUUAUCCUACAAUAUCUAUUGGCUUGCCGUUAUAGUUACUUUGAUGUUGAUGCUUUACGAAGAGAAAACAGGUCACUUACCAUUAAUGAAGGGAGUCACUUUGAGAUCGUUGAAUCCAAUGUAUCAUAUAAAGAAUAAGAAACAACAUGAGUUGACUGAGGAAGAAAAACAUAAAUUGUUCAUGGACUUGCAAAAUACUAGAUUUGAUGUUAAUGAAGGGGAGGAGGAGCAGCAGGAGGAGGAGCAGCAGCAAGAGGAGGGGUACGAAGUAAACGAGUUUGAUGACGUUGAUGAAGACAAGAAGGAGGUAAUUGGUUUUGGCCCUGAAAAGUCAAGUUACCAAUAG